AAUGUGCACUCUAAUUGUGGUCUACUUCCUCAUUAACAGUUGUUUGGGGACCUUUGAGAGACCGCUAUCGAAAGACCAGACGAAGAUCGCCGUCUUGGACUUGACCAAGCCGACGACAUGGUCAGAGCUGUCUGAAUACUUCUUGGCCGUGGAGAAACACUGGAAAAUAUGCGUGAACUGUGGCAUUCCCGGCUUAGGCACAAGCAUGCACCUGGACAAGUUCGGGGCAGACGGGGGUGGCACCUACCCUGCCGUUAUACCGCCGGAGUUCUUACUCACGAGACUGAAAGUAAUAGAUGUGAGCAAGAUAGCUAAGCAAGACCACAACUUCGUCCUGACCCUGAACAUCGCCAUGCAAUGGAUGGCCGUGAAGAGAGACCCCGCUGAACCUACCUUGCUCCUCUUCAAGUUCGGUUGGUUCGCCCCUCCGGGCAAUAAGAGGGGAUGCGCCUGUAGUAUACCUGGAAUCAGCUUCGAACUGGCGCAAUGGAUAGCAGGCAACCUGAGCCAUGUGGUGGGAGUAGCUACUGACUGCCCCACGGUGGAGAGCCACGAAACUAGAGAAUUCUCCACUAGGACCAUCGCUAACGUGCUGGGGAGAUCCGGAGUGUACAUGAUCGAGAGCGUACGAGUACAUAAGAAAGUGCCAGAGCAAGGUUGCAUGACUCUGGCGUUGCCUCUAAAAAUGCUACAUUCAGUAUACGUGCCGACCCGCCUCGUCGCCUUCUGCCCCACUAAGUUGACUGAUCAGAGAGUUGUCAUAGGCUUAAGAAAAAGCGAUAUCACGGAGUUUAUAAACAGGGAGUCUGACAUCAAUUUGGAGGACAUUAUGUCUAACCCUGGCACGGGAUAAUAUUAUCCAUAGAAACUGUGUUUUAGGAUAAUGUUGGUAUAGCUUAUUCCACAAAUUAGUUUGGUUUGCACCAAUCAGCUUUCACGUUGGGCUUUAAUGGACAAAAUGGCGUAUUUUGCGUUUUUCUGCGCAUGUUAAAGUUAACGACAAAGUUGACUGGUGCGAUCCAGUUUUAAUAUCCGGUAUCUAGGGUAUCAAGGAGGCUUGUGGCCAAAAUGUCUACGUACUUAAGUAUCCUAAAACAAUUAGGAACCUGUUUUUGCCGGGGCCAUUCACCUUGUCGAUAAAGUAAACGCAAGUAUUGAAUAGAGAUAAUAAUUAACUUCAGUUUUUUUUUGUCACGGCUCCAUCGUUCGCCAAAACGAUGAUUUUGCCUACGUCAAGGUUGAGAUUGACACGGUAUAUAGUAUAAUAUCAAUAUUGAAACACGGUUCAGUGAUCUGUUAGUUGCGUGGACGAAGUACAAUGUAGCUCGUUCGUCCUCCGUUGUUAUCUCACUGACAUGCGUUGCUAUGCUUCGAAACUUCAAUUUCUACGUUCUUUUGCAUUGAUCCGUGGACGGUGUCAACAUGAUGGGUAAAGGGCGUUUGUCCACCGCCGCCGUCACCGGACCGUCACCGAGAACGAGAUUGUUUCGGGCCGAGUUUAAUAUGACGUAACGGCGAUCUACGUUUGUCUACCGCGACCGAUUUCGCUGGUAUAGUUUGUGCGUGGUAGUCGCGACGGCGACGGCAGUGUGUGGACAAGUUCAUACGUGUUUUGUAUUGCCCGUAUUGUUACGGCCCGUCAAAAUCUCGGGCCACGAUCUAGCGGUCACGCCGAUCUCCUUGCAAUUUCGGCGGCCGGGAUGACGGCGCUCGGGUGACGGAUGUGCGGUGGACACGCGGCUAAGUAAA